CAAACUUGAAGAAGAUCAGAAAUCAGAACUGCCUAAAUUAUUAAAACAUUUAUUUGGACAUUUUUUUAACUUUUAUUAUUUAAUUAAAUUGCAAGUUAAAUUUAAUUGUUUAGAAGAUUUGCUACUUAAUAUUAUAGUCUUUCAUUUUCUGUAUUUGUCAUAAUUUUAACUAAAAACAAAACAAAAAAACAACUAACUUCUGCCCUGCUCGUAAGUAUCUAUAUAAAUCACCUGCUAUUUUAAACAUUAUCUUCAGUACAUUGAAUUAAAAAUAUUUAGAAUAAAGUAAUUUUCUAUGAACUUGCAUACAUAGAGGAUAGUGUCUUCUAUUAUUGCUAGAUAUUUGAGUUAUAAAAAAAAUAUACACUUAUAGUGUAAGUUAUUGUAGAAUUUAAAAAAAAUAUUCGUUUACAUAUACAUAUAUAUAUAUAUGUAUAGUAUGUAUAUAAACAGUUCAUAACACUCUUUUUAGAAAAAUUGUUUUUUUAAGUAAUUACAGGCCAAUGUUUUUGAACUGUGUUAUUAAAAAUAAAUUAUAAUUUACAUUCUUCUAUUUAGAAAUACCACCAUUGUAAUAAAUGAUAUUGCUUGCAAAUAAAACGACACUAACAUUAUGGUCGAUAAUCAAUAUGAAUAAUUAUUAGGUCUAAGAUAUUUGGUUUAAAUUUGAGUGUAUGAUCUUUUUUUUCCAAUUUUCUUUUAGAGAAAAUAUUAAUUCAGCUAUAACCACCAAAUAAAAUGGGUGAACGUAAAGGACAAAACAAGUAUUAUCCGCCGGACUAUAACCCGGCGGUUGGAGGAUUGAACAAAUUUCAAGGAACCCAUGCAUUGAGAGAACGUGCCCGAAAGCUCCACAUGGGCAUUUUAAUUAUUCGAUUUGAAAUGCCAUAUAAUAUAUGGUGUGAUGGAUGCAACAACCAUAUUGGAAUGGGUGUUCGGUAAUAUAAAUAUUUUAUGAAUUGUAAUAAUGUCAUAUUAACUAAUUCAGUUUUCAUAUUAUUUAGAUAUAAUGCGGAAAAAAAGAAAAUUGGAAUGUACUAUUCAACACCAGUUUAUCAAUUUCGAAUGAAGUGUCAUCUUUGUAACAAUCAUUUUGAAAUUAAAACAGAUCCUGGGGUAAUAAUAAAAUAUUAUAAUUUAUCUAAUUUUUGAUAAGCUUGUAGUGAUGUUUAAUAUUUUUUAUAAAUUACAAAAUAGAAUUUAGAUUAUGUCAUUGUAAGUGGUGCUCGCCGGCAAGAAAAUCGAUGGGAUCCAAUUGAAAAUGAACAAAUUGUGCCAGAGGACAAAGACACAAGUAAAAGACUGUUUGAUGAUGCAAUGUUCAAACUUGAACACGGUACUGAAGAUAUAGACAAAGCUAAAAAAGCAGCACCUUUAUUAGUUAAACUUCAUGACAAACAAGAUGCUAAAUGGAAUGACGAUUUUGCUGCUAAUUCAUUAUUAAGACAACAGUUGAGAGUAAGUUUAAAAGCUAAUUGAAUACCUACAAUAUGGCUGAAACUACUGUUUUAUAUUUAUUGGGUUUAUUUUGUGCAUAGUUUCCUACAGUGUUAACUGUAUGCUAAUAACUCUGUCAAUAAUUCAAUGUUCAUUUCUUUUUUUUCAAUCUACUUUUGUGUCAGAGGGAAUCAAAUGUAGAGAAAAUUAAAUUUGUAUUUUCAUACAAAAUACCUUUAUCACUGAAAAAAAAAUAACUUUAACAUUUCAAAAAUGUGAAUGUAACAUACAUUCGUAUCCGAUAAAUAGUUUCUUAGUAAUAUUAAUUUAUAUUCAUAUUUAGAGAUAGUUGUGAAAAACAAGACUAUCCUGUUAAGCAAUGUGAAUCAUAAUGAUUAAGGGAUGAAAAUAAAAAUUUUAUUUUUCUCUACAUUUGUUCCCCCUGGCACAAAACUCAAUUGAAUAAUGAAAAAAAAAAACAAAUAUUGAUAGAUUUAUUAGCAUAUGGAUAACACUAUAGGACACUGUAUACGGUUUGAAUUUAUUUUUGUUCUUUAAUUCUGACUGUUUACAAUUUUCUUUAUUGGAUUGCAUUACCAUCUUAACAUAUUUACAUUUUGUAUUGAAAGUAAUCUGUUUACAUUUCAGACCAAAAAACAAAAAAUAGCUGUGAAAGAGAAACAUGAUAAUGAAUUAAAAAAAAGAUUAUCAUUAAGUAUUCCAUUAGUUGACGAAGUUGAAGAAGAUUUACAAAUUGCCAAAUUAUUGAGUUUUCAAACCUCUGAUAGUAAGUAUGACAUAUUAUAUGUCAUACAAAUAUUACUAAAUAAAUUUUUUUUUUUUUUUGACAAAAUUUUAAGUUUGUAAAAUUAAUACAAAAUAUUUAAUUGGUAUUAAAACAUUAAAAAUUAUAUGCCAGUUCAAUAUUAUUGCUUUGUCAAUAUUUUUCAUUAUUUCUCAUCAAAUAUCUGUUUUAGAUUCUGAUAUUAUAGUUUUACAAUGAUGUUUAUUUUUAGUUUUCUGUUGACACUUUCAGAGAUUUUGUUUCAAUUUUUAUUGAGGUUAUUUUUUGUUUUUUCCUACAAAUAUGAAAAAAUGGAAAAUCAAUACAUUAAACAAAUAUUAUUAAAUAAAAUAUAUAUAGUCGAUUUACAUAUUUUACUAUAAAAUGACAUGUAUAUUGUUGACAAAGUAUCACUAUCAACUGAAUUCUGCUCAGAAUCGUUUUUUUGUAAGCAAUGAUUUAUCAUUGCUUACAGGUAUACAUUAAAUUAUUUAUAACAGUGGCUGUACCCGUCCCCAUUAUCCUAGGAUGUCUUUUUAUUAUUUUUGUAGUAAUUUAGUACCUAGCAUAAUUUUUCUCUAUCAUCACUACUAUCUAUACUUAAUUAUCAAUCGUAAAAAGCUGUAAGGCUUAUUUUGUAGAUAAAUAAAUAAAAUUUAAAAAAUUAUCAAUUUGAUUUAUAAAAAUAUUGUUUAGGUACAAAAACCAGAGAGAAAAAAUUUAUUCAUGGACUUCGCCAAACACCCAAGCUUGAAAGUAAUAAACCAAAAAAGUUACUUAAUGUGGGUAUCGUUCAAACCACCGUUGUGGCCCAAAAAGAAACAUCACCUUUGUCGACAGAAACAACAAAAAAUCCUAGUAAUUCUAGACCAUCGCUUGUGUCUGCAGAUUAUGGAUCAUCAUCACCAUUAUCUGAUUAAAAUAUUUAUACUUAGGCAUUAAGUAAAACAAAUUUGAUUUUGUAAUAUAAAUAAAUAAAUAGUUAUGCGUAAUAAUUAAACAACUUGUGAGCUGUAAUGUAUCAUUAUAUAGCACAUUAUUAAUAUAUUAUUUUUAUCAGUACUUUUAGAAUACAAUUUUACAUUUAUGUUACUUUUAGAAUUGUAAAUGAAUCGCUAAAUACAAAAAGGGCACAUGUCCAAAUUCUAAUUUCUGUUAAAAUGUAUGUGUAAUAUCUAAUACCAGUGGCGCCAAACCUAAUUUAAGGGAUAAGUUUAUACCCUAGCAUUGGUAGUUUAAUAUAAAACAUUGUAAAUUUUACAGUUAAUAUAUGGAGUACUAAACAUAAUAUUACAAAUAACUCGAACUAGUCUAUUCCAUGAUUGCCGUAGUGUGUACUGUCCUAGCAGGCAACUAACAUGUGGAAC